GGAGGUUGAACAAUUUUUCUGCUUUGAAGCUGAUUUUUGUUCCCUUGUUGCGAUCUAUUUUUGCAAUUGGAAUUGUAUUCUUAUAUCCACUGGGACUACUAGUGGAUAUUUCAGAAUAAGGCCAGUGACUCUAGUCUAACCAAUUAGGUGCUGACUAUUUAAUUCCACAGAGUUAGAAAGGGAUUGAUUUUGAUUACAGGGUCAGUUUCUAGCAUUCUAUUAUACUCAAUCAGGUAUAUAUAUCUGUAUUAGGCGGAACAGGCUGUAUAGGACAGUAUUGCAGAUACUGAAGAAAGACACUUAGCUUAUAUCUUAUUAUAUCUUAUUCAGCAGGUAUGGCAGUGAGGUGGUGUUCCUAUAGGUUUGUUAUGUUGGUACUGUUUGCAUGUUAUGUUGAUGCACAGCCCAACUGGAGGUUUCCUCCAACCAACAACCCGCAACCCCAAGUUAAGUCUAGGCAGCCACAGUGGCCAGAGCCCCAGUGGCCACAGCAGCGAACUCCACAGAAACCACAACAGCGGACUCCCCAGGGGCCAGAGUCCCAGGGGCCACAGUUGCAGAAUACCCAGUGGUCAAAGCUGCAGAAUCCCCAGUGGCCACAGCUGCAGACUCCCCAGGGACCACAGCUGCAGAUUCCCCAGAGACCAGAGCCCCAGGGGCCACAGCUGCAGACUCCCCAGAGACCAGAACCCCAGGGGCCACAGCCCCAUGGACCACAGCUGCAGACUCCCCAGUGGCCACAGCUGCAUACUCCUCAGUGGCCACAGCUGCAGACUCCCCAGAGACCAGAACCCCAGGGGCCACAGCCCCAUGGACCACAGCUGCAGACUCCCCAGAGACCAGAGCCCCAGGGGCCACAGCUGCAGACACCCCAGAGACCAGAGACCCAGGGGCCACAGCUGCAGACUCCCCAGAGAACAGAGACCCAGGGGCCACAGCUGCAGACUCCCCAGGGGCCACAGCUGCUGACUCCCCAGAGACCAGAGCCCCAGGGGCCACAGCAGCAAACUCCCCAGGGACCCGAGCCCCAGUGGCCACAGCCCCAGGGACCACAGCUGCAGAAUCCCCAGUGGCCACAGCUACAUACUCCACAGGCGCCACAGCUGCAGACUCCCCAAGCGCCACAGCUGCAGACUCCCCAGGGGCCACAGCUGCAGACUCCCCAGGGGCCACAGCUGCAGACUCCCCAGGAGCCACAGCUGCAGACUCCCCAGAGCCCGGCGCCGCAGCUGCAGACUCCCCAGGGUCCACAGCUGCAGACUCUCCAGUGGCCAGAGCCCCAGGGUCCACAGCUGCAGACUCCCCAGGGGCCAGAGCCCCAAGGUCCACAGCUGCAGACUCCCCAGGGGCCAGAGCCCCAGGGGCCGCAGCUGCAGACUCCCCAGAGACCAGAGCCCCAAGGUCCACAUAAGAAAACUCCCCAGUGGCCAGCAGUAACUAAAACUCAAAAUCAGAGAUGUCAAGUAGAGUCUAAGGAUACAGUGCAAUGUGGAACCCCUAAAAUUACUCUGGCUCAAUGUGAGGCUAUCGACUGUUGCUUCAAUGGACAGCAGUGCUACUAUGGGAAGGCAGUGACUGUGCAGUGUACCAUGGAUGCUCAGUUUGUGGUGGUGGUGGCCAGGAAUGCCACUUGGCCCAAAAUAGACAUUGAUACCAUCAUUCUGCUGGGGGGAAACAACGGCCCUUGCAGUCCUGUUGGCAUCACUUCAGCCUUUGCCAUAUACCAGUUCCCUGUCACAGCCUGUGGUACUACUCUGAAGGAGGAAAAUGGUUAUAUGGUUUAUGAGAACAGGAUGGCGUCCUUCUAUGAAGUGGGGGUCGUACCCCAAGGCGCCAUCACCAGAGACAGCCAAUUUGAGCUGCUGUUCCAGUGUAAGUACUCUGAUACUGCGGUGAAGGCUCUGGUUAUUGAGGUGAACACUGUUCCUGCACCCGCUCCGGUUGCUGUUAUGGGACCGCUCAGAGUGGAACUCAGACUGGCCAAAGGAACAUGUGACACCAAGACAUGUAAAGACGAGUCCAGUGCCUUCACAUCGUUUUACACUGAGGAAGACUACCCUCUCACUAAAGUCCUGAGGCAACCUGUAUACGUUGAGGUGCGCAUCCUGGAGAAGAAGGAUCCCAACCUGGUCCUAUUGCUGGAGCACUGCUGGACCACCUCUGACCCCAGCCCUGUCAGCAUGCCCAAGUGGGACCUCCUCAUUGAAAAAUGUUCCUACCAGAAUGAUAAGUACCAGACCACCAUGGUCCCUGUGGAUCUCUCCUCUGGCCUUCUGUAUCCCAGCCACUACAAACGCUUCAUCCUCAAGAUGUUCACCUUUGUGGAUCACACUCUGGCUCCCCGCAAAGAUACAAUUUUCAUCCACUGUAGUGCAUCUUUGUGCUACCCUACUCCAUGGGACUCCUGUGAACCAAAAUGCAACAAACAAAGAAGAGAUGUUGCUACCGUUGUUUGGAGGAAGACUAGGCAAACUGCUGUGGUCUCCAGUGGAGAAGUGGUCCUGGUUGACAAAAAGCCAGCCUAGCCUUCAAACUACUGAUACUAGCUACAGUUGGUAGUAGGAUAUGAAAUGAUGUACUCCGUCCUUUCAUACCCAUUACAGUGUAGGUAUUAAAGCACUGGCAGUACUUUUUCUACGAACCUUUUACCUGGCGAUAGUUUCUAAUUUCUUGAUACGGAAGAAACGUGUCUCUUAUAAACGUCCAUGUCCAGUUGCAGGUGGUA